AUGCGGAGGCAUGCCGACAUUUACGUGGUCGGCAUCUCCCAGGGGGGCGAGGAGGCGGAUCGCCUCCUAGCAAGGCGGCUGGCCGGCACCCUCGAGCGCGGUGGAUUUAGCUGCACAGGUGACCAUCAGGUCGGCGAAGACGAGCCGGGGCGCCUGAACAUCGAGGAGGCCACGGAGUGUCGCUGCGUCUUCUUCGUCAUCGCCGCAGGCGCCGCGGUGGACGCGGCCGUGGUGGCACAGCUGAAAGGGGCUGCCAGCGCAGGGCGCACAACACGGUGUAUCUACGAAUCCGGGCCGAGUGCGUGCCAGGACCUGUCCGAAUGGGGUUCGGCCAUACCGACCUCUUUUAUCCGGCCAGCGGUGCCCAUAUCUCGCUUCUUCCCGCGGGUUUCAGAGAUCUUGGUUCUUGCAGCCGCCCGCGAGGAGCUGCAGCGUGCCCCACCGCGGCAGGUAGAUCCUGAUGGCCAAGCAGACUUUAUCAGAGGGUUCACUGCUGAUCCUGGCGGGCGCUUCGCCGCGACAGCACGUGAGUUCCAAUCGCUUAUGGCGGGAGACGAGGGUCAGGACAAUGCCAACUUCGUGCAGCUCGCGGGCUUCCGCUGUAUCCAGUGGCUUCCAGCACAGGAUAUUCUCCUGGCAUGCGGCGCUGAGGAGAGCACGGAUGCCUUGCACAGCCUCCUCGAGGAGAAGUCCAGCCCAUAUCUCUCGGCAUCGGCGAUGCUGCAUGGCGCGGCUUUCCGGCCCCUCUACGUCUCCUUUCUCCCAGGCGACGUGUGCACCAUGCCUUCAGCACCGACGACGCCGAUGAGUUUGGGACCCACUCCUAGGAGUUCAGCUAGCAAUGCCGGGCCCUUCUGCUGCGAAGUGCCCUCCGAGAGUCAGUUGGACUACCUGGAUCGGGCGCUGCAGAACCUCCCAGGGAGGCAUGUGCAUACCAUGGCGGUCGGCUUCCCUGUACUUCACGGCUACGAAGGCCCCGGCUUGCCCGAAGUGCUGCUCUCCUCCUUCAUCGCCGUGCUCGAGGGUGGCAUGGAUGAGUCUGGAAGGCUGGAGCACCUGGAGAAUGGCCAAAGCUUCGUAGAAGCGCUCCUCGCCGUGCUGACCGGGCGCUUGGUGCCAUGCCGUCGUGGGCAGCUCACAGAGCUCGACAUGGCUCUGGGAGGAGAGCUUGAGCCAGGCUGCUCGCUCACUGAACUUGUCGCUGCGGAUGCAGAAGGGUCCGGCAAUCUCAUCAACAAGAUUUGCAGCCACAUUCAGACGAAGCCCUUCUCUUGCAACGAGGCUCGUGCGUGGUGGGCCCGCCACUGCCGGCGUGCCAUGGAAUGCCACCCGCUUCUGCAGGGCCGGGCCUAUCGCAGGACGCUGCUGCAGAACUGUGUGUCCACGGAUUCCCUGAGCAUCGCUUCCUUCCCACUGGUCGCCGGGGACCUCAUCAACAACGAGUGCGCCAACGCGUUGGCGGAUGUCGGAGGGCUCAGGGUCCGAGUUGUGUCGGAGGCCCCCACUGAGAUGAAACCCGGAGAUGGCGAGAACACCGAGGUUGAUACCCUGGACUGGUGCGAUCAGAACAAUCAGCAGCGGCUGCGGGAUCUCCGGAAGCUCAUGCGAUGCCUCUUCCAAGCCUUUGAGCUGGAUGAGACGAUCAAAACCAAGGACUGCCUGAGUUUGACAAGUCACAAGCGUGGCAGAUAUGGCCGAUGGGUGUGCCUCAACCUCACCAACGUCAUGGUGCACUCUGACAUCUUCGCCAUUACCUUUGCUGUCCUCACCAUGUACACACUGUUUGCUCCAGACAUCUUGUUAGUAUUCGGGCUCAGCACAGAGCACACGCAGUCGCUGGCGAUAGCAAACACAGUCGUCUUAUUCUUCUUUUGCGUGGAGGCUAUUCUGAGCUGCAUCUUCAUGAACGGGUACAUGCGCUCUGGACGAGUUUUCCUGGAUGUGAUGGCCAUGGUUAGCUUGGCAGGAGAUACCCUGCUGCUGACCUACCUCUUCCCCGAGGACCUGUCUGCCAUGGCCAUGAACGUGGUGCCGGCUGACCACUUCACUUCCAGCUCAUCUCGGAUUCUCGAGAUCCUGAAAUUUGCCCGGCUGUUUCGGAUUGUUCAGUUGCUGCGGACUCUGCAUGGCAUUGUCUGGCGCAACUUUCUGCGUCCACACCAUGGCCUGGCACAGCAGCUCUACCACAAGAGGCUCUGGCGCGUCUUCCAGGACCUCGAUGAGGCAAAGAAGGGCAAGCUGACGAGUGAGCAGAUGGAUUUCUUCUUUACUGCCAUGCGAAUGGAGUUUCCGGAGCGGAGAGUAUUACCUUCAAAGUCUCGGUGCUUUGGCGGUCAGCCGAAGACUCCGGCGAUGGCUUUCGCGGCCAGGCAGUACGGGACCAUGGCCAGCUUGAAGCCCGGGGCUGGUACUUUCACGCGCUUGACACACUUGGCCUCUUCCGCUGCCCUAUGGGACUUCGAUCGGAAGACGGACUGCGAUGGCACCUUCGCGGGUAUCAUUGGCGAGUUCCGGGUAAGGCCAGAGGGCAAGCGAGCGCUCCAGAAGUGCACCGAGGACGUGCAGCGGGUUAAGGCCUCUUUCUCGCUGGUGCAGAAGGUGAGUGGUCCCGUCGUGGUCAAGGUCUGCCUCAUUGUCCUCGGCGUCAUGGGCAUUGUGGUCGUGCUCGAUGACUCCAUACAGGAUCAUGGCGACUACCAACACCUGGCUCACCUGGAUCGACUGGUGGCCUCCCUUUCGGGCCGAGGGCGCUCCGAAGACCUUUGCGCUGCCGCUACCGGCUUUGCAGAGGCCUCGCCUCAUCGGCUGCUGAUGGCCGGGAUCGGCCCGCUGCUUUGGACGCAGGAUUCCUGCGAAUGCUGUGCGGCCAAUACCACUGCAGAAUUCGACGGCACCUGGCUGCAGGCAGCGCGUCGGGCCAUGCGGAAGGCGCCCUUCCAGGCCCACGAGCUCCGCAUGGUCUGCUAUCCGAACGAAGAUUGCUCAGGUUCGCCUUCCAGUGUAGCGGUCCUCGACACGCACGAGUCAGUGCGAGGGGAGGCCGAGGCUGACAUUGUCUACACAUUCAUCGUGGUUGUCUUGAUGGUUGUUUUCGCCCUGGCAUUCAUGCACGCACUCAACAAGGUGAACACUCGCAUGCUGCAUCCGCUUUGGAGCAUUCUGGACGACAUGGCAUCGCUUCGGUCCCUGGAGGCGGUGAGGAUGACGAACUUCCAGCCUGCCAGCGACAUGCUCAAGGAUCUGCAGAGGAAUGGCAAGAGGCAAGGCUGGAUGAGAAGGCUCAUCCGCUACUCCAUGCGCCUGCCCUUCUGGAGAGAGAAGUCUGAGAGCAAUGACGACGUCAAGGAGCUCGCGGAUUUGCGCUGUUCACUUACAACGAUGCGUGCUGCACUGCGCUCGUGGGCCAAGUACGUGCCACCGUACCUGCUCAAGUCGUUGUACAGAUCCGGAGUGGAGGCAACGGUGGGCUUCCACGAGAAUGAGGUGAGCAUCUUUUUCUGUGACAUUGAUGGCUUCCGGGACAUGUGCCGGGGCCUCCACCCGAAGGCCGUGCUGGACCUCCUGAGCUCCGUCCAUGGGGAGGUUUCCAGUGCGAUCGAGGGCCUCGGGGGGACGCUGCUUGAGUUCAUCGCGGACGAGGUCCUCGCCGUCUUCAAUGCCCCGAAUGAGGUGGUGGACCACGAGGAGCAUGCCACAGAAGCCGCGACAGAUGUCCUUGAGCGCGUGGAGCGCCUUGGGGUCCGCAUGCGCUGCGGCGUUCACUCGGGCAAGGUCCUGGUUGGCAACAUCGGGUCGAAGACUCGUAUCAAGUAUGGCGUGCUGGGCGACAGCGUGAAUGUCGCUGCGCGGUUGAAGAGCAUCAACUCCCACUUCGGCACAUCCUGUCUGGUUUCCAACGAGUGCCUGGAGGAGGCAGACGACUUGCAUAAGACCUUCGUGGCCCGGCCUGUGGGGAACCUCAUCCUCAAGGGCCGGAAGUCUGCAACCAAGGUCUGGGAGGUUCGCGCGCGUCGUACAGCAGAGAAAUCUGCUCUGGCCAAGACCUACGACAUACACAGGAAAGCUUUCGAUCUCUUCGUGAACCGGCACUUCGGUGAAGCGCGCCCGCUGCUGUCUGAGGUGUGCCGCAGCCUGCGUGGCCGGCAAGGCAGCGUUGACGUUCCGUCCCAGCAUUUGCUUCACCUGUGCGACAAAUUUCUGCGUGAGCCGCCUCCUCCCGAUUGGGACGCCUCAGAAUCGAUGUCCAAGAAGUAG